CGCUUAUCAAGGGAUAAAAUAAGAGCAAGCUGGAGGCACUUAACCCUUGGUACCUAUACUGAGACACAGCGUGUGGAUAGGUACGCUCAACAUGUUGGCAGGCCCAGUUUUCGCCGUGCUCCUCUGUGCAGCACUGUGCGGUGCAGAGUCUCAGAUCUUCCGUAACGCCGGGUUUGAGUCCCCGCUGGGCCCGGAUAACUGGUCCUGUAGCGGCUGUACCGGACUGCAGUAUGGCGACGACAAGGUGGAGGGAGACUACAGUAUGGAGGCACAGGGGAGGCGGGCUGAUUGGGCAGGUCCAACAUACCUACUAACAUAUGGUACUGACGUCAUUUCCGGUCAGACCUAUGACUUCCAGAUCUACGUCAAACUUCUGGCGGACGGUUCGAACCAGCACGAAAUCAAGGCAGUGGUAUCUGCAACAUUCUCUGAUGGAGAGAAAGUGUACCAGAAGAUCAGCUCCCCCACCUUCAUCAGUCAGAAUGACGGCUGGUUCAAGCUUACAGCCAGGGCCACAGUGCCAGUUUUUACUGCUUGA